UUCUCAAACAAUUGCAUAUACACCCAUAAAAUCUUACAAGUAAACUACACCUUGUAUGACAUUCACUGGUGUCAAGACUCAAUGAAUCCAUGGUCUCUGGCAAAUGCUAUGACCCUAGCACAAGAUGCAGAUAGCCUUAGUUCUGACUCUGGUCGGCACCCUUUCUUAUAUGCUCAGAUCCUUGGCAUAUUCCAUGCAGACAUUGUGCACAAUGUGCCUACCUCCAGCACCCAAAUGACACAGAUGGAGUUCAUCUGGGUGAGUUGGUACCAAUUAGUCAAUCGUUCCAAGGGUGGGUUUGCAGCUGGACACCUGCAUCGUGUGGAGCUGGUGCCCAAGUCAGAUCUCAAAGCUUUUGGAUUCUUGGAUCCUGAUGAGGUGAUCCGCAGUGUGCAUCUCAUCCCGCAUUUGCAUAUGGGC